CAAUCGCGUUGGUUGACUUGGUUCUACCAAGAACAAGUCGAAUGAAAUGGACAGCUGAUUUCUACGAACAGGUUUUCUCAUUUAUAACUAUUGAGUAAUCCUGAACGGCAUCAGCAAUGAAACUUGUCAGUUUCAAAGGAGUUCCGGUGGUUCGCGGGAAUGUCGAUUCUCUCCCGAGAAAGGUGUUGACUUUUCUCGAACACGACGUGGAGUUGUGCCAGCCGGCGUUCAUCCACAUCUGCGAUGGAUCCGACGAGGAAAAUCGGCUCAUGCUGGACAUUUUGAUCGCCGAGGGGAUCGUCCAGCCGCUGCCUAAAUACGAAAAUUGUGUGUUGGCACACACCGAUCCUCGGGAUGUGGCCCGGGUGGAAUCCAAGACGUUCAUCUCCACGGAAUCGCAGCGUGAGGCAGUCCCAGUCCCGAAACCGGGAGUCAAGGGACAACUGGGCAAUUGGAUGUCGCCGGAAGACCUGGACGUUGCCAUUAAAAAGCGAUUCCCCGGAUGCAUGAAAGGCCGGACGCUUUAUCUAUUGGCUUAUUGUAUGGGUCCUAUGGGAUCGCCGUUGUCCAAAUUCGGCAUCCAGGCGACCGAUUCCGCUUACGUCGUCGCUUGCAUGCGGAUCAUGACCCGUAUGGGGAUGCAGGUGCUGGAUGCGAUGGGCGACUCUGAUUUCGUCCGUUGCCUUCACUCGGUUGGCUGCCCCUUACCCCUGAAGGAGCCACUGCGUCGUGACUGGCCCUGCAAUCCCGAACUGACUCUCAUAGCCCACAAGACGGCGACUAACGAAGUGAUGUCGUUCGGGAGCGGAUACGGAGGUAAUUCCCUGCUGGGCAAGAAAUGUUUCUCCCUCCGCAUCGGAUCGGCCAUUGCCCGUCGUGAAGGCUGGCUGGCCGAGCACAUGCUGAUCGUGGGGGUAACCAAUCCGGAAGGAGUUAAACGUUACCUAGUAGCCGCGUUUCCCAGCCAAUGCGGGAAAACAAACUUGGCCAUGUUGACGGCCUCCUUGCCGGGAUACAAAGUCGAAUGCGUCGGAGACGAUAUCGCCUGGAUGAGGUUCGACGAAAAGGGACAGCUCAGAGCCAUCAAUCCGGAAAAUGGAUUCUUUGGCGUUUGCCCAGGGACUAAUAACAAGACGAAUCCCAUCGCCAUGGAAACGAUCCAGCGGAACACGAUUUUCACAAACGUUGCCAAAACAUCUGACGGCGGUGUGUUUUGGGAGGGUUUAGAGGAGGACUUACCAAAAGGCGUUACCAUCACAUCUUGGCUAGGCGAGGAGAAUUGGCAGCCGGGCUCUGAACGUCCAGCCGCUCAUCCCAACUCCAGAUUUUGUGUUCCGGCUUGCCAAUGCCCGACGAUCGAUCCGAACUGGGAAGAUCCCGCCGGAGUACCGAUCGAUGCCAUCAUUUUCGGCGGCCGCCGUCCGGUUGGCGUCCCGUUGGUUUACGAAUCUCUCAACUGGCAGCACGGCGUGUUCGUCGGUGCCACUGUCAGCUCGGAGGCCACAACGGCGGCUGAAUAUUCCGGCCAUGAAGUCAUGCACGAUCCUUUUUCAUCCCGGCCGUUUCUCAGCUACAACGCCGGCAACUACAUUGGACACUGGCUGGAAAUGGAGAAACCCGGAUGCAAAAUGCCCAAAAUCUUCCACGUCAAUUGGUUCCGUCGUGAUUCAAAAGGCAAGUUUUUAUGGCCCGGAUUCGGUGAUAACAUCCGAGUUCUCGAUUGGAUUCUACGCCGCUGCUCGGAUGAGAAAGAAGAUAUCGCACAGAUGAGCCCCGUUGGAUUCAUCCCGAAAAAAGGAUCGAUCAAUAUGGAGGGAUUGGAGAAUCCGGUCGACUGGAAUGAACUCUUUGAUUUACCCAAAGACUUUUGGAUGACUGAGGUAGACAACAUUGAAAAGUAUUUGACGGAUCAAAUAAACGAAGAUUUGCCACCCGAAAUGCUGAAGGAAAUUCAAGAUCUUCGCCAGCGCUUUAGUCAAUACUAGAUUUUUCUUUCAAGUUUUGCCGGCAUUCAAACUAGGAAUAGGCUAAACAGCAUCUUUGAUGUCUCAGCUGACCGGCUAAAAAUUUUCGAAUUUUCCACUUUAUUGUCUGUAAUACAAAAUCUGUUUUUGAAAUCA